AUGCCUGACCAACUCAACUUGUCGCCCACUCUUGAUCAUAUUGUCAUCCUCGUGUCACACGAUACACUCUCGAGCUUACCCGACCAGCUCAAAAACAUAUUAAUCGUUGCCCCUGGCGGCAACCACGCCGAUGGACUCACAUCCAACAAGCUAGUGCUCUUCAAGGACGGGGUAUACAUAGAGUUCAUCGCAUUUUUCAACCACGUCGAUGCCAAGCAACGCAGCAAGCAUCGAUGGGGAAACCUCAAAGAAGGCACCGUCAUCGAUUGGGCCUUCACAGCUCCACAUGGUGUAGAUUUUGCAUCCAUCAGACAGCGAGUUCUGAACGGCGACACGGGCUUCAUGUACGAAGAGCCAGCGCAUUGGGGUCGGAAAAGAGCCGACGGAGUGAUGCUUGAAUGGACGCUUAGCGCGGCUAGAGGCACGAGUGAAGAUGUCAUCUCGCCAGGCUGGCUACCCUUUUGGGUCUUUGAUAUAACUCCUAGGAAUCUACGUGUUCCCUAUGCCGUGGAACCUGCCAUGACUGAGCACCCAUCCGGUGUGAACGGGAUCUCGUCGCUGUCAAUACUGGUUCCUGAACAAGUCCUGUCGAGUCUUGUGAAGACGUAUGCAGCGAUAUAUGGUGAAAAUAUACCAGCUGUUGAGGGUGCAGAGUGGGGAUACGAGGUUCCUGCUGGAUCAAACGCUGGAAGACAGACAAUCUCUUUGUUGAAAGGCUCACCAAUUCCUGAGGUGACCAUCAAAAUGGCGUUUAAGGGUCUCAAUCGUGGCUCAGUCGAGCUCCUACCUGGACUUAUUGUGGAAAUUGAAUAG